AUGGCUAUGACCGAAUCUUUCCCGCAGCUGGAAUCGACAGCAAAGCAGGAUAAAUUAACGCCUCUCAAUGCGCCGUCUCGUAUUGACAAACCGAAAAUACGACGUCGUUCUAGUGGGUUGGGUGGAGAGAUCAGGGCUGGAGACACGGGUGCGCCGGCUUUUGCAACUGUUGAUAUUAGACCGCCUUCAUCUGGAACAAUUAAGGCCCAGGCAGAUAGGGAUCGAAAGAAACCAUUUUCAAAAAGGCGAAAAGCAAAGACACUUUUGCAGCAGUAUAAGAGAUAUGCAUUGAAGCACACUUGGGUUACACCUCUAGCAAUCAUCGCAGUCAUCCUCUGCCUUUACGCUGUCAACCCAACCAAAUCGAAUCCCGUACACUAUUUCAUUUUCCCUGCUUAUGAACUCCCUCCAACGGCAGGUGCUGAACCGGGAGCACCAAUUCAAUAUGGCAAAGGACCGUGGGAUUUUGCUCUGGUUUCUUUCUACAUUGUGGUUCUAUCCUUCACUCGAGAAUUCAUCAUGCAGAAAUUCCUCCGGCCAUUGGCUCGCAAGAGUGGACUGAAGAGUAGGGCAAAACAAUCGAGAUUUAUGGAACAAAUGUACACUGCUAUAUACUUUGGUAUUCUUGGUCCUUGUGGCUUAUACGUCAUGAGUCGAACACCAGUCUGGUAUUUCAAUACACGCGGAAUGUACGAGGGGUUCCCGCACAAAACACACGAGGGGAUUUUUAAAUUCUAUUAUUUGUUCCAGGCUGCAUACUGGGCGCAGCAAGCUCUAGUUUUAUGUUUGGGUUUGGAGAAACCUAGGAAGGAUUAUAAAGAGUUGGUCGGACAUCAUAUUGUGUCUUUGUUCCUUAUUGGGUUGAGCUACCGUUUCCAUUUCACAUAUAUGGGAUUGGCAGUUUAUGUCACUCAUGAUAUCAGUGAUUUCUUCCUAGCUACAUCCAAAACUCUCAACUACUUAGAUCACCCUCUUGUAGGGCCAUACUUCGCAUUCUUCAUCGCCGCGUGGAUUUACCUCCGACAUUACCUUAAUCUCAAAAUCCUCUAUUCAGAAUUUAACGAAUUCAAGACCGUAGGACCUUAUGAAUUGAACUGGGAAACGGAACAAUACAAGUGUGAGCUCUCGCACGUCAUCUCUACAGCUCUCCUUGCAAGUUUGCAAGCUCUCAAUCUCUUCUGGUUAUUCUACAUCCUACGUAUCGCAUAUCGAUUCGUCUUUAUGAGUAUAGUCGAGGAUGAUCGAAGUGAUAAUGAUGAGAAUGAGUUAGCGGAGGAACAGAGAUUGGAUGAAUUGACCAGACAAGGAGUGGAUGUUGUGGCUGCUAAGGCGAUUUUGUCGGAAGAUGCAGUGCCAAAGAUUAAAUUGAAUGGAAAUUCGAUUAAGGGGAGGAGUUCAGGGAUGGAAUUUGAAACGGAUGCCAUUACGAAUAGAAAGGAAAAUGUUAAAUAG